GGAAGCGGGAGAACGAAUCCCUCCGAAGAUCCGGUAGACGAACCUACACAGUGGCAGAACUGGAGCACUCAUGGAGGAAGAGUCGUCCAUCACCAGACAGAUCGAGAGCCUAGUAGACUGAGAUGGAGCUCCGGAGCUAAUUCAAAUCGCAGACUUGCAGCAAAAAAAUGCUCGCGAUGCAGCCAAUUUGAGGAAGAACGGGCACUGAAACGGAGAUGGAAAUAUUUCACAAAAUCUUUGGGCCAAAUGUUUUUUUGAAAUAUUUAAUGGGGGAGCUGGUCUCUGCCAAAGUUCAGGGCAGUAAACUGGAG